AUGGCACUCAAGCGCAAGGCGUGUCCCAGCUUGGCCGACGACAAUCAUUGCCUUGCUACGGCCAACUGCUUUGCGCCAGCGGCGGCCGUGGGAGCGGUGGCGGCAGUGCAGCGGGCACGGAAGCGGUUCGUCGGCGUGCGGCAGCGGCCCUCUGGUCGGUGGGUGGCCGAGAUCAAGGACACCAUACAGAAGAUCCGGGUGUGGCUCGGCACCUUCGACACGGCCGAGGAGGCCGCCCGGGCCUACGACGAGGCCGCCUGCCUCCUCCGCGGCUCCAACACCCGCACCAACUUCUGGCCCCGCGCCGCCGCCGUCCCCGCCGUUGCUGCUGCCAUGGCGCCGCCCCACCACCAGCUGGUGGCGCCUGCAGCGCCGUCCGCUCUGCCGUCCAAGGUCACCAACCUCCUCCUCCUCCACCUCAAGAAAGCACGCGGUGCAAGCGCUGUCGGUGUCACACGGGAGGCGCCAGCGCAGCACCACCAGCAAGGCUACGGCGGCGGCGGCGGCGGCGGCCCAGAGGAGUAUAGCUUCCAGGUCGACGACUUCCUCAGCUACGACAGCACCAGCGACGAGCACGGCGUCGUCGUGAAGCACGAGGAGGGGUCCACCUGCUCCCAAGAGACGGAGGACGACGGCGACGAGGGGGAGGUGGUGGUGGCCUGCAAGGAGGUCGACGACACCGACGCACCGCUGGACUUUGGGUUCAUGGACAAGCGCCCGUCACCAGCUGGCGGUGACGCUGACGGCGCGGCGGGGCUGUAUUCGCCGUUCGAAAUGGUGGCAGCCGACCUGGGCGACGUCGACGCGGUAGAGAUGCAGCCGCUGCCUACUUAUGGCAGCGAGGGCGCCGGCGAGCCAUCAGCCGCGAUCCACGAGGUCAUGAAGAGGAUGAAGUACGAGAGGAAGAUCUCCGCGUCGCUCUACGCGCUCAGCGGGGUGUCGGAGUGCCUCCGCAUGCGCGUCGGCGACGGUGACGACCACGCCACUGCUGCAAAGCACGAGCUGGCGCUCUCAGGCCUGAGGGACGCGUGCAGGAGCAAAAGGCAGCAGCAGGAACAAGAGCAAAGACUAGAAGUAAAAGACACGGAAGGUAACGUCGUCGGCCAUGAGGAAUGCUCCAGCUGCAGCAACAGCUUCUCGUCGGAAGCAACGAGCUCUUCGCCGGAAGCAGCCAACAACCCUCCGCCGCAGGAGGCGAAAGCAGUAGACAGCGACAUGCUUCUCUGGAGCUCCCUUGAUCUGCCUCCGAUCUACUGAAGUUUGUUGUCGUAGACGCACGUUAAGA